AUGCAAAAUGAGCAUGUCAAGGUACGUACUGCCUCUCUCUACCUUACUAAUCUUGCUGGUACUUGGUGGCAUCGUAAGCAUAGUGAGAUAAAGAAGGGUACUUGCACCAUUGACUCUUGGGAAGAGUUCAAGCAUGAACUUAAAAGGCAAUUAUAUCUGGAGAAUGUGGCUAUCAAUGUGUGGAAGAGAAUGAAGGAGUUGAAGCACACCUUUUCUAUUCGCAACUAUGUCGAGGAAUUUUCUGCCCUCAUGCUUCAAAUCACAAACAUGAGUGAAGAAGAUCUCCUCUUCAAUUUCAUUGAUGGUCUCAAGUCAUGGGUGGCUCAAGAGCUCAAACGUCGUGGGGUCAACGACAUCUCAACCGCCCUGACAGUGGUAGAAACCUUAGAAGAAUAUGAGUAUCAUAAGAGUAACAACUCUUCAAAGUCCAAGUCCUCGAGAGAUAAUCACGGCAAGGGUGGGGGAGCAAAGGGGUCCAAGCCCCCACAGUACAAAGAGCGAGGAGACAAACCUUCAAUAUCAAAUGAAGGCAAGAAAGACCACUCCAAAGACAAGAAGUCAAAAGAUGCUUGCUUCCUUUGUGAUGGGCCACAUUGGCUUAGAGAUUGUCUUAAGAGGAAUGCCCUCAAUGCUAUGUUGGAAGAAAAUGAAGUUCAAGAAAAGUCGCACAUGGGGUGUCUACAACUUUUCAACUCACUCAAGGCAAGCACGAAGCCAACCACUAAGGAUGAAUAUUUGAUGUUUGUAGAGGCAUUCAUCAAUGGGAAGAAGAGUCAUGCCAUGGUCUCGGGAGCUUCUCAAAACUUCAUCAAGAAGGAAGAGACCGCACGGCUAGGUAUUUCUCUUAAGAAGGGUCAAGGAUGGUUGAAAACCGUAAAUUCUGAAGCUAAACCCCUUGAUGGUGUAACUCACGGGAUGAAGCUACAAUUGGACACUUGGAAAGGUACGGUGGAUUUCUCAGUCGCUCCUAUGGAUGACCUCAACAUUGUGUUGAGGAUGGAAUUCUUGAGACAUUUCAAUGUAGUGUCUCUUCCCCACUAUAACUCAGUGUGCAUCUCAGAGGGCGCUUCUAUGGAGGAAGAUGAAGUGAAGAUUUCCUCCCCUCUACCUAAGGAAAUCCAAAAGGUUCUUAAGGAGUAUGAGGAUGUCAUGCCUCCAGAGUUGCCCAAACAACUACCACCUAGGAGAGAGAUGGACCAUCAAAUUGAGUUAGAACCCAGCGCCAAACCACCUGCCAAAGCACCUUAUUGCAUGUCACAUCCAGAGCUUGAAGAACUAAGGAGACAACUUAAGGAGCUACUUGAUGCUGGAUUCAUUCAACCCUCCAAAGCACCAUAUGGGGCACCUGUGUUGUUCCAAAAGAAACAUGAUGGGUCUUUACGGCUGUGCAUCGACUAUUGGGCUCUAAAUAAGGUAACCAUAAAAAGCAAGUACCUCAUUCCUUUGAUUGCUGAUUUGUUUGAUCAAUUGGGUCAUGCAAAGUACUUCUCUAAGCUUGAUCUAAGAUCGAUGUAUUAUCAAGUGAGGAUUGCGGAAGGAGAUGAACCGAAGACAACUCGUGUAACUCGCUAUGGGGCAUAUGAGUUCCUAGUGAUACCCUUUGGCCUUACAAAUGCUCCAGCUACCUUCUGCACACUCAUAAACAAGAUCUUCCAUCCCUAUCUUGAUCAAUUUGUGGUAGUCUAUUUAGAUGAUAUCGUCAUCUAUAGUUCUACCCUUGAGGAACAUGUAGAGCAUCUAAGGGUUAUUUUCCGUGUCUUAAGGGAAAACUAA